UUCAUGACUAUUUGAGGUUAGAGUCAAAUUUCCCACUUUAAAACUGACCACAAGAUAAUUCGAAUAAUGUGGAUUUUGUUGUGUUUUUGUUUUACUGUUUCUGUAUUUGGACAAUUUUCGGCCAAUACCAACUACCAACAAUGCGCCGCAAAUUUAGCUUGUAGUAUUAACUAUGAGAAAACUUUUCAAGAAAAAUUAAAUAAUCUGGGAUACCAUACGACACUCCAGAUACAAACACUUAAACAGUCCAUAGAUUCACAAGUAACUCCACUUACACAUGACUUAGAAAUCCUGAAAACAAACACAACGGCGAUCCAGGACGAGGUUACACGAGAGUUACAGCACGUUUUCCGUGGACUAGACCAUGAUAGAGCAUUUCUUCAUAACCUUAGUGUUGGUGUGUACAACCUGGCCAAAGAACUUCACCAUGAACAGUACGUACGGUUUCAAGAUGUCCAUAAAAUUAUUGAAGAAGUUAAUUUAGUUAAGCAGGCACUUGGUAUGCUGAACAAUCAUUCGGAUCUUUUACAAGCGGCUUCGUGCGAAGUAAAACUGAAUGCUACCAUGCACAAUGCAACGUUUUACGAAAGUCAAUACAGAAAAGUGUUAUCGAUGUACCAUAAUCUACAGACGACAGUUCAUGACAUCAGACAACAACAACAGGCGCUCCUUACUCAGCUGCAAGAUAAAACGCGGGAAGCAAUGCGUCUGCAGAAGCAGUCCCCACCUUCAAGUCCGCCACCAGCUGCCAAACUUUCGAGAAGUGCUCAUUGUGGUGAAGCACUUGGUAUGGAAGAUGGUACAGUCCUAGACGCUAGUGUAUCCUCCAGUCAAAGCUUUGGAGAUUUUAGUGCAGGAAAUGCUCGACUUAAUCAUGCACGUGGGUGGUACACAGGAGCUAAGACAACAUCAAAGGACUGGGUUCAAAUUAACUUGAAUUCUUCACAUGUCAUAACGGCUUUGGCAACUCAGGGAGCGCCCUGUUGUGAAGUAUGGGUUACCAAUUUUACCGUAUACUACUCCAUUGAUGGAAAUCACUGGCACGAACACAAAACUGACUGUAAUUCACAGGACUUCGUUGGAAACACUGAUCAGACAACGAUAAAAUAUCAGACUCUAGAUCCACCAAUGGUAGCAAAGUAUGUGAGAAUAAACAUCAUAGACUUCCACAAGAAGAAUAACAGCAAUUCUAACUACAUCGGAAUGAGGACGGAGUUAUAUGGCUGUCCUGUAUCUGUCCCGAAGAUAACACAACCUCAUUAAUAAAUUUAUGGUUGUCGACUUUA